AUGAGUGACCUACCCAUUGAAUUUACUGAAUUGGUCGAUCUGACGUCUCUAGGAAUUUCCCCUCAAUUUCUAGACUUCAGAUCAACGACUUUCGAGAGUGACCAUUUCGUCACCGUCAGAGAAACGAAGGACGGUGCUAACUCGGUCGCAAUCGUAGAUUUGACCAAGGGCAAUGAAGUGACAAGGAAAAAUAUGGGUGGUGAUUCCGCUAUUAUGCAUCCUUCUCAAAUGGUUAUUUCCGUUAGAGCCAAUGGCACCAUCGUACAAAUAUUCAAUCUGGAGACCAAGAGCAAGCUGAAAUCUUUUACUCUAGACGAGCCGGUCAUUUUUUGGAGAUGGUUGAGCGAGACCACUUUGGGUUUUGUCACCGCAAGAUCCAUACUUACUUCCAAUGUCUUUGAUGGUAAUGUGAACGCCAAGCCUCAAUUGCUCACUACAAGACACGCCAACUUGAACAACACCCAGAUUAUCAAUUUCGUGGCAAACAAGAACCUUGAUUGGUUUGCCGUUGUCGGUAUCUUACAAGAAAAUGGUCGCAUUGCUGGUAGAAUCCAAUUAUUCUCCAAGCAACGUAACAUCUCGCAAGCCAUUGAUGGUCACGUUGCCAUCUUCACCAACAUAUUGUUAGAGGGUAAUGGCUCGACCCCAGUACAAGUUUUUGUCACCGGUAACAGAAACGCCACCACAGGAACUGGCGAAUUGAGAAUCAUCGAGAUCGACCAUGAUGCUUCUUUGCCAUCUCAAUACCAGAAGAAGACCACCGAUAUUUUCUUCCCCCCAGAUGCAACAAACGAUUUCCCCAUUGCUGUUCAAGUUUCUGAAAAAUACGGCAUAAUCUACCUGUUAACCAAAUACGGUUUCAUCCAUCUGUACGAAUUGGAAACAGGCACAAAUCUAUUUGUUAAUAGAAUUACUGCUGAAUCUGUGUUCACUGCCACUUCUUAUAACCACCAAAAUGGUAUUGCAUGCAUUAACAAGAAGGGUCAAGUCUUGGCGGUCGAAAUUUCCACUUCUCAAGUCGUUCCGUACAUCUUGAACAAGUUGUCCAACGUAUCACUAGCUUUAACUGUCGCUACAAGAGGUGGUUUGCCAGGCGCUGAUGAUUUAUUCCAAAAGCAAUUCGAAUCGUUAUUAUCACAAAAUGACUACCAAAAUGCAGCCAAAAUCGCAGCUUCUUCCACUUCUUUAAGAAACCAAAGUACUAUCAACAGAUUGAAAAACAUUCAAGCCGCCCCAGGUGCCAUUUCUCCUAUUCUUUUGUAUUUCUCCACAUUGUUGGACAAAGGUAAACUGAAUAAAGAAGAAACCAUCGAAUUGGCUAGACCAGUUCUACAGCAAGAUAGAAAACAGCUGUUUGAGAAAUGGUUAAAGGAAGAUAAAUUAGAAUGUUCCGAGGAAUUGGGUGACAUUGUCAAACCUUUCGACACCACUUUGUCACUAGCUUGUUACUUAAGGGCAAGUGCUCACGCAAAAGUUAUUUCUUGUUUGGCAGAAUUGCAACAAUUUGAAAAAAUUAUUCCUUACUGUCAGAAGGUUAGCUUUCAACCAAACUUUUUGGUUUUGAUAUCCUCUUUAAUCAGAUCCUCACCAGAUAGAGCCUCCGAAUUUGCCGUAUCCUUAUUGCAAAAUCCAGAAACUGCUUCUCAAAUCGACAUCGAAAAAAUUGCUGAUUUAUUCUUUUCUCAAAACCACAUCCAACAAGGUACUUCUCUACUAUUGGACGCUCUAAAAAGCGAUACCCCAGAUCAAGGCCACUUGCAAACUCGUGUUCUUGAAGUUAAUCUACUACACGCUCCUCAAGUUGCUGAUGCCAUCUUGGGUAACAACAUCUUUUCUCAUUAUGAUAAACCAACUAUUGCGUCAUUAUCAGAAAAAGCAGGGCUAUACCAGAGAGCUUUGGAAAACUACACAGAUAUUAAAGAUAUCAAAAGAUGUGUUGUUAACACCAGUGCCUUGCCUGUUGACUGGCUGGUUGCUUAUUUCGGUAAAUUGAACGUCGAGCAAUCUCUGGCGUGCCUGAAAGCUUUAAUGGAUAACAAUAUCCAAGCUAAUAUUCAAAUUGUUGUUCAAGUAGCCACCAAAUUCUCCGACUUGAUUGGUCCUUCCAUUUUAAUUAAGUUAUUCGAAGACUACAACGCUACUGAAGGUUUGUACUAUUACUUAGCCUCUUUGGUGAACUUAACCGAAGAUAAAGAUGUUGUUUACAAGUACAUCGAGGCCGCUUCUAAGAUGAAGCAAUACAGAGAAAUUGAAAGAAUUGUUAAGGAUAACAACGUUUACGAUCCAGAAAGAGUCAAAAAUUUCCUAAAGGAUGCUAACUUGGAGGACCAAUUACCUUUGGUCAUUGUUUGCGACCGUUUUGAUUUUGUUCAUGAAAUGAUUUUAUACUUGUACAAAUCCCAAAAUUUGAAGUUCAUCGAAACUUAUGUUCAGCAAGUCAACCCUUCCAAGACUGCCCAAGUUGUUGGUGCAUUAUUAGAUAUGGAUUGUGACGAAAAGUUUAUUCAAAGUUUACUACAAUCUGUUUUAGGUCAAGUACCUAUUAAUGAGUUGACUACUGAAGUUGAAAAAAGAAACAGAUUGAAAAUCUUGCUACCUUUCCUAGAGCAAAGUUUAAGUCAAGGUGUCCAAGACCAAGCUGUCUACAAUGCAUUGGCUAAAAUUUAUAUCGAUUCUAACAACUCACCUGAAAAGUUUUUGAAGGAGAAUGAUCAAUAUGAUACUUUAGAUGUUGGCCGCUACUGUGAAAAGAGAGAUCCAUACCUUGCUUACAUCGCAUAUGAAAAAGGACAAAACGAUGACGACUUGGUUAGAAUUACAAAUGAAAAUAGUAUGUACAAAUACCAAGCAAGAUACUUGUUGGAACGUUCUGACCCAGAGUUGUGGAACAAGGUCUUGGAUCCAGAGAAUAUCCACAAAAGACAGUUGAUUGAUUCAGUCAUCUCUGUCGGUAUUCCAGAAUUGACUGACCCUGAACCUGUUUCUUUGACUGUUCAAGCGUUCAUGACCAAUGGUUUGAAAUUAGAACUAAUUGAAUUAUUGGAAAAAAUUAUCUUGGAACCUUCUCCUUUUAACGACAAUGUAGCUUUACAAGGCCUAUUAUUGUUGUCUGCUAUUAAAUAUGAACCAACCAAGGUUUCAAGUUAUAUUGAAAAGCUAGAAAAUUACGAUGCUGACGAAAUUGCACCAUUGUGUAUCGAGCAUGAUCUUAAAGAAGAGGCCUUUGAAAUUUAUGACAAACAUGAAAUGUAUGGCAAAGCUUUGAAAGUUUUGGUCGAGGAUAUCAUGUCUUUAGACAGAGCUGCAGCUUAUGCUGACAAGAUCAAUACGCCUGAAUUAUGGUCUCAAAUCGGUACUGCCCAAUUGGAUGGAUUGAGAAUUCCAGAUUCUAUUGACUCAUACAUUAAAGCAGAAGAUCCAUCUAAUUAUGAGAAUGUUAUUGACAUCGCUGAACAAGCUGACAAGCACGAAGAGUUGAUCCCAUACUUAUUAAUGGCUAGAAAAACUUUAAAAGAGCCAAAAAUUGACGGUGCUUUAAUUCUGGCUUACGCUGAACUGAACAAGAUUCAUGAAAUUGAGAAUUUGUUAUCUGGCUCCAAUGUCGCAAACUUGAAUCAAGUUGGUGAUAAGCUAUUCGAAAACAAGGAAUAUAAAGCAGCCAGAUUAUGUUAUUCUGCAGUUUCCAAUUACUCCAAACUUGCUUCCACUUUAGUUUACUUAAACGAUUAUCAAGCUGCCGUGGACACUGCUAGAAAGGCUUCGAACAUCAAAGUUUGGAAGCUUGUUAACGACGCUUGUAUUGAAAAGAAAGAGUUUAAAUUGGCCCAAAUUUGUGGGUUGAACUUGAUUGUUCAUGCUGAAGAAUUAGACGAAUUAGUAGACAGAUACGAGUCAAACGGUUACUUCGAGGAACUGAUUUCAUUAUUCGAAGCCGGUUUGGGUUUAGAAAGAGCCCAUAUGGGUAUGUUUACCGAACUUGCCAUUUUGUAUUCUAAAUACGAACCAGACAAGUCCUUCGAACACUUGAAACUAUUUUGGUCCAGAAUUAAUAUUCCAAAGGUCAUAAGGGCAGUCGAACAAGCCCAUCAAUGGUCAGAAUUAGUCUUUUUGUAUGCUCACUACGAUGAGUGGGACAAUGCUGCUUUAACUCUGAUUGAAAAGUCUGGUAAGGAAUUAGAUCAUGCUUACUUCAAGGAAGUCAUUGUUAAGGUUUCUAACUUAGAAAUUUACUACAAAGCCAUCAAUUUCUAUGUCAAAUUUCAUCCAUCGUUACUGGUCGAUCUUCUGAGUUCAUUGACUCCAAGGUUGGAUAUUCCAAGAACUGUAAAGAUUUUUUCCAAAUCCGACAACUUGCCUUUAAUUAAACCAUUUUUAAUCAAUGUUUUACCAAAGAACAACUCUGUUGUCAAUCAAGCCUACCAUGAUUUGAUGAUCGAAGAAGAAGAUUACAGAGCUUUACAAGAUGCUGUCGAUUCAUACGACAAAUUCGACCAAUUGGGUUUAGCAUCCCGUCUAGAAUCUCACAAGUUAAUAUUUUUCAAGAAAAUUGCCGCUUUAUUAUAUCGGAGAAACAAGAAAUGGGCAAAGAGUUUGUCAAUAUUGAAAGAUGAAAAGCUGUGGAAAGACGCUAUUGAAACAGCCGCUAUUUCGCAAGAUUCAAAGGUAGUAGAAGACCUGAUUACCUAUUUUGUCGAAACUGGUAACAAAGAAGCUUUUGUUGCAUUGCUGUAUGCUGCGUACAACUUGGUGAGAUUCGAAUUUGUCUUGGAAAUAUCAUGGAUGAAUUCGUUGGAAGACUACAUUAAACCAUACGAAAUAUCUGUAAAGAAAGAACAAAGUGAUUCUAUUAGAAAGCUUCAGGAAUUGAUUGAUAAGUCAGGUUCUGACGAAGAACAAAGAGAUGGCCAACCUUUGAUGUUGAUGAACAGUGCAAUGAAUUUACAACCCACAGGAUUUUAA